CUUUGUACAUGUAACGAAUACAGUCAGAUCUACGUCAUCUAGCUAGACCAACAGUGUGCGACGACUACGAAUCCGUCACCAGCUCUCUUUGUCGCUUCUUGCCUACUUAACCACCAAAACACAUGAGUUCGACGCAUCAGACCCCUGAUACGGGGCGUCGUCCGACAUCAAGCAUCCUGAUCGGAGCCCUCGCCCCCUUCAGCCGACCGGGCUGGCUCGAUGCCGGCAAGCACCUCGUAGCGGGACUCGAACUGGCCGUGGCAGAGGUCAACCACGCCGGCGGGAUCUCGGGAAGGCGGCUCGAGCUCCUGGUCAGAGACACGGCAGCCGACGCCGAGAAGGCCGCCGCGGCUGUAGACGAACUGGCCGGGCUAGGUGCGGUCGCUCUGGCCGGCGAGUACCACAGCGUCGUCGCCCGCGCGGCCGCGGCAAGGGCCGAUGCCAUCCGCCUGCCGUACCUCUGCUCGUCUGCCGUCCUCGACCAACUCACCGAUCAGCCGACAGACUGGGUCGCGCGCCUCGCCCCCGCGCAAAGCCACUGCUGGCGCGUGUACGCCGACUACCUCCUGAGCGCGGGCCAAAGUACCGUCGCCAUUGCGGCGGACCCGACGAGUGUCUACUGGGCGUCGGGGACUCGCAUCUUACGGGAGCACCUUGUCUCACGCGGCGGCGCGGUGAUCGAACUCAAUGCUCGCGAACUCGCACCCAAGGCCAUUUGCGACGAAUUGGUGGUCGGCGGAGGCAAGCGCGCAACGGGUCUGCUCAUCCUCGUCAGCCAGCCAAACUCUGCGUCUGAGAUUGGCGAGGCUGUCCGUCGCGACGAGCGCCUUGCCGGCAUGCAGAUUGGCGCUCCCGCCGGACAGCCCGAGCUCGCCGACUGGGCGACGGCCUUUGGGAAUCAGGACGGCACUGCGACGCCCUUCCUUCGGUACCUGCCUGAAAGCCUAAGCCAGCAAGGGUUACGCGUUGAAGCCGCUCUGAGUAGGAAGUUGGCUGAGGAGCCGUCCUUUGUCGCUUUCGAAGGCUACGAUACGAUCCUGGUCCUCGCCGAGUUGCUUCGUACUCGCGGCACGAAUCGGUUGGACAGCCCCCCGGUCUGGUCGGAUCUUGCUGUGGACGGCUCUCGAGGUCGAAUUUCCUUCACCCGCAGUCCCGGGAUCAGUGUCUGGCAGUGGACCUGGCCUCCGAUCCAAGUUGCCGAUCGGGAUCCGGCCCAGCCCAGCCGUUUGAGGACCCUUUAUACGGCUUCACAGUAAAACUUGUUUGUUUGUCUUCUCUUCAUAGAUUCAGGGCUAGUAUCUACAAGCUUGGGAAGUGUCAUGCUAUCCAAUACCAUGUACAAUUGAGCCCGUUACAUCAC